GCGACUUAAAGCCACAUUUCGCAGAGACACGCGCACGCCGGAUGAGCGGAGCACACGGCGCCACGCCGGCUGUUAGCAGAGCACGAGUGGACGAGCGCUCACGACGUUUAACCGUCAAUGUAGCGAUUUCAGGAGUUGGUUCACGUGCCGAACAACAGAUAACACUGGGUAACUGACUGUUGAUGACAGUUAAACUCGAAAAGUGAAAACACGGAGACUCAGCCGCUGGCUAAAUGCCGCUAAGUAGCCCUGGAGUGCACGGGCUUUUAUUUUAGGAUUUUUUGUUUUAUCUCCACAUUCAGUGCAGUUUACUAACUGUCCCCUAGUUCCACUCGCAGUCAUGGCAGGCAAGGGUCGAGGAGUCGCUGCCUUCUCCUUCAACAUCGACGCCCUGGGCAUCGGCAGGGGCAGCAUGCCAGAGUCCAGGGUGGGGCCCAACCCGCUGUUUCCAAACACAGACUUUAAACCAGUUCCGCUGAAAGCCGGUGAGGAUGAGGACUACAUGUUGGCCUUGAAACAGGAGAUGAGGGGAACCAUGCAGCGGCUGCCACACAAUAUCAAGCCUCACUACAAUAAAUCAGAAGUGGAGAGAUACACGGAGCGAUACCUGAAGCAAAGGCAGAUAGAGGAUGAAGAAUGGACUCCAGACUGGAACCUUUUCCCAAAGGAAUUGAUGCCCCAAAAGAAAAGACCUCGUGUAAAAGCAGACACAAAGAAGAAAACGGUGAAGAUUUCCCACAAAGACACAGAGGAGAUGCUGAGUAAAUUGGACGAACUGGCAAAAAAAGAUGAUGGGAACCCUGAGAAAUCUGAUGACGAGACAGAAAAGAAAACAGAGGGGAAGGAGAAUGAAGAGGAAGACGUUGAAGAGGAAGAAUAUGAUGAAGAGGAUAUUGAAGAGGAAAAUGACUACAUAGACAACUAUUUUGACAAUGGCGAAGAUUUUGAGGCAGGCAGUGAUGAAAAUAUGGAUGGCGAAGCAACAUACUGAGACAGCUUGACUCAACCAUGAAAACCAAGCAAGUGUUAACUGUUUAAGUAAACAAUCAUUGUGAUCUUUUCUAUUGGUUAAAUAAUGUAGAUAAUUUGAAAAUACUUUUCAGCAGAGUGAUAGUUUUCGUUUGUUUUGCGUGGUUUUGAGUGGCAGGUUUUCCUUAAUGACUUAUGUAAAUGAGAAAUGCCAAACUAUGUACACUCUGGCAAUAAUUUAUUCAAAAUAGAUUUAUUUAUUUUCCAGCCUGUAGCACUUUUCCACAGGUUGAAAGGCACAUACUGUCAACAACAACACAAAAUGCUUUGUCAUAAAAUAUGAACACAGAUGAAAUAAAAGGGCUAUAUAAUAAAGGCUUAAAUUUCA